GAAUUAAUUAUUGUAAACAGAAUCAAAAACAAUUACGAGCUGAGACAUAUCAAGGAUUAAUUGAUUAUUUAGCAAACGUUGCCAAUAAUAGCGACGCUCACAUUGGAAAAAUGGUUAUACUUCCAUCAACAUUUGUAGGUUCACCGCGUAAUAUGUUGCAACAUUAUCAAGAUGCGAUGGCUAUUGUUCGAAGGUAUGGAAAACCAGAUAUUUUUAUUACUAUGACUUGUAAUCCAAAUUGGCGCGAAAUUAGAGAGAAUUUACUUCCGGGUCAACAACCUGCAGAUAGGCCAGAUAUAUGUGCUCGUGUAUUUAAUAUAAAGAAAGAUUAUUUGAUUGACGUUAUUGUUAGACAAAAAUUUUUUGGUGAAGUUUUAGCAUAUGUUUACGUAAUAGAAUUUUAAAAACGUGGAUUACCACACAUACAUUUGUUGAUUACAUUAAAACGAAACUGUAAAAUAGUAAAUCCUGAAACAGUUGAUAGAUUUAUCUCUGCGAAAAUUCCUGAUCCUAAUGAAAAUGAAAGUUUACACAAUGUUGUUAUGAAACAUAUGAUUCAUGGGCCAUGUGGAGAUUGGUGUCUAAUAAAUGAUAAAUGUUCGAAACAUUUUCCAAAACCAUUUCGACCUGAGACGACUAUGGAUGAAGAUGGUUAUCCGCAAUAUCGUCGAAGAAAUAAUGGAUUGCUAUAUGAAAGACCUGGGCGUGCCGCAUGUUUAGCAUUAGGACUCAUAGAAGAUGAUGAAGAAUGGUAUCGUGCAAUGAACGAAGCAAAAGUUUGGAUGAUGCCAAGACGACUUCGUAACUUGUUCGUACAAAUUUUGAUUCAUUGUCAACCUGUUUAUCCGAAAAAGUUAUGGGGCGAGUUUAAAAAAGAUAUGUCCGAAGAUUAUAUAAGACGAUUUGGACUUAUAAUGGGAAUAAAGAAAGCUUACAAUUAUAUUGACAAUUUGCUUCAAAUAGAAGGAUCUAAUAUUACUAAUUUUCCUGAAAUGGAACAAGAAACAGAGGAACAAGUAAUAAUAGACAAUGAAGAACAGAUUGAGGAGGAUACAUUGAUAG